GUGACACAAACAAGCUAAACAUGCUAGUCGGUCAACUUGUAAUGUUGGCUCAACAUUUGGACCUCGAAUUUCGGACAAAAACAACAUAAAUAACGAAUAACUUCAAUGCAUGGCCGUAUUUCAAAGACACCAAUGACUUUGCUGAUGAUUUCAUCAAGGCUUCUACAUGAGGGCUGUUGUAAUGAACGCAUUAAUUAGGUGGCUUGACGCAAAAGCGUGAAAAUGUUUCGGUGAGUUGAAUUAAUGGCCUCCAACAUGGACAGCGACGUCAUUUACGUACGGGAAAGAGGCAAGCUACGUCGUGUCAGUGACAUUGUACUCGCACCACCCAAGCCGACCUCGUCGUGCAGGAGGACCAACCCGUUUGUGCAAAGGAAGGAGCACUUUGUCUUCACCUACAACGCAGAGGGCAGCCUGAGAUACAGCAGCAAGUCUCUCUUCGACAUCGCCCUCCUCUUCAUAGCUGACAACGUCCACCAUGUGGACUCCCUGGUGGGCUUCCCCGAGCAGAUAGGGGACAGGCUUUUUACAGCCGCCGAGGAGAACCGGGUCUUUUUGAACCCGGACCUUUCUCCUAAAGCCCUGCAGCUCUUCAGUGAUGCCUAUGGAGACAUGGUGCUGGGAUCUCUCUGCCUCAGGAAUAGGUUUCCUUUACUGAGCGAGAGGAUGGAUGACAUCAAAACCUUCCACAGUUUGAAAAGUUUAGACUUGUUUGGCUGCAGACUCGGAGACAACCACGAGAUCUUCCUGCACCUGACAUCCAGCUCGCUGGCAAGCUGCCUGAUCCAGCUCUGCAUCGGCGCUAACGGCCUGUCAGACGUGGGCCUGCAAAGACUGACGGCACCGGUCAGGAUGAAGAGGAAAGGACUGGACAGUCUUCAGUACCUGGAUAUGUCAGACAAUCCCAUCUCAGAGAGCGCUCUCAGGUAUCUUAAAUGUCUCCCCAAGCUACAAAACCUUGAUGCCUCCAGGACCAGUAUGAAGUUUGGAACGAGAUUAAAAUCGACAAUAUGGGAGAUGCUGGGAUUAAUUUACUCCGAGAAACCACUGGAAGCGUUCGAUCACUCCACAUGUAAAACACAAGGAUGGGCAGAACAGGUGGUGAACCAGUGGGAAACCAAUGGAGCGCAAAUGCCCAAACAGAAAAAACUGGAAGAAUCCAGAAUAUCGGCACUUCGCUUCUUCGGUAGGCAGAAGUUCAUCCGAGAGGUGCUGAACGCAGCCUCGUCAGGCGAGAAACCCGCAGCUGCAGCCACCACCUUGGAGAAGGAGCAACACCUGCACUUCUACAAACCUUCAACAGGAGGCGUCCCCCCAGACGCCGACUUAUCUUCCUCAGCCAACCAUCAAGUCAGGACGUCCAAAAGGAAACGCUUGCCGGAAAGAUGGGGCGGCUCAAAGACCAGCCCGCCGCCAAAACGUGUAUCAGUGGUGACGGCAGCAGACAUGGACUUGUUAGACAAAUAUGUCUAACGUCUUCUAUUGUAAUGCUUGGCUUUCAGGCAGGGGUGUAUCUUUUCUUUAAUGUUGUAGAAAUAAAGCUAUUUUAUAAAUCUU